AUGACUCGCGAUCGAUUGGCCGAACUUAAAGUGCGGUAUCACGCGGCUAACGGUGGUGGCCCUAAAACCAGUCCAAUCGAAAACGUUGAGAUUUUGGAUUCGUUUCUCGAAAAAGUUAAUAGCACUAACAAACUUGUGGACGAAAUUUCUAGCCACGUUGAACAGAUAAAGGCAUGCCAGCUGCACAUAUUAUCUACUCCGAACGCCAAUCCCAUAACCUCAUCUCGAUUGGACGAACACAUGCGAAAUGUCAAAAGUCUAUCCUUUCAAAUUGGCAAGGAACUUAAAGGUUUGAUUGUUAUCUAUUAUGUGACUGGAUUAGCUUUGGAGGAGAGUGCUAAAACUGACCGCUUGCUGCCUUCAAGUGGAAUUGAUCGAAUCAAGUCUCAUCAGCAUGCAACCCUCCUAAAAAGGUUUCAGACAGUGAUGGAAGACUACAAUCAAAGCCAGUUGGCUUAUCGGGACAAAUGCAAAUCAAGAAUAAAACUUCAACUGAAGGUGGCGGGUGCCGAUGUUACCGAUGCAAAAGUUGAGGAUAUGCUUGAGUCUACAAAUCCGUGUGUCUUUACCGAUGCCGUUAUGGAACAAACAACGGCAGCAAAGAAGUCCCUGAUGGAAAUUGAAGCGCGACAUGCGGACAUUCUAAAGCUAGAGAAAAGUAUUGAGGAAAUGAAAGAAAUGUUUUCCCAGAUAGCAUUACUUGUUGACCAGCAGGGUGACCUAAUCGACAAUAUUGAGCACAGUGUUGGUCUAGCCGUGGACAAAGUUGAGGCGGCAAAGUCGUCGGUAGGAAAGGCUGUGAUUACGCAAAAAAGAAUGAGGAAAGUAAGUGCCUCCUGUUUGCUUUUUUCCAAAUUAUUCAACUCAAGCUUUCACACAUUAUUUCAGCGAACUUAG